AUGCCCGGGAAGCUGAAGGUGAAGAUUGUGGCUGGGCGCCAUUUGCCUGUGAUGGACCGAGCGAGUGAUCUGACUGAUGCCUUCGUUGAGGUGAAAUUUGGUAACACGACAUUUAAAACAGAUGUAUAUCAUAAGUCCCUUAACCCCCAGUGGAACUCAGAAUGGUUUAAAUUUGAGGUGGAUGAUGAAGAUUUACAGGAUGAACCUCUACAGAUCACAGUACUUGACCAUGAUACUUACAGUGCAAAUGAUGCCAUUGGCAAAGUGUAUAUUGAUAUUGAUCCUUUACUCUAUAGUGAGGCUGCUACAGUAAUCUCAGGAUGGUUUCCAAUUUAUGACACCAUACAUGGUAUCCGUGGGGAGAUCAAUGUAGUAGUGAAAGUAGAUCUAUUCAAUGACUUAAAUCGUUUUAGGCAGUCAUCUUGUGGAGUAAAAUUCUUCUGCACAACAUCUAUUCCAAAAUGUUAUCGUGCUGUAAUAAUUCAUGGAUUUGUGGAAGAAUUGGUGGUGAACGAAGACCCAGAAUAUCAGUGGAUUGAUCGAAUUCGUACUCCAAGGGCAUCAAAUGAGGCUAGACAGAGACUUAUUUCAUUAAUGUCAGGUGAACUACAAAGGAAGAUUGGUUUGAAAGUACUUGAAAUGAGGGGAAAUGCAGUUGUUGGGUACUUGCAGUGCUUUGAUCUGGAAGGAGAAUCUGGAUUAGUGGUACGAGCCAUAGGAACAGCCUGUACACUGGAUAAAUUAAGUAGCACAGCCGCUUUUCUUCCUGCAUGCAAUUCCCCAUCCAAAGAAAUGAAAGAGAUUCCCUUCAAUGAAGAUCCCAAUCCCAAUACUCACUCAUCAGGACCCUCCACCCCUCUGAAAAAUCAAACUUAUUCCUUUUCACCUUCCAAGUCCUACAGUCGACAGUCCUCUUCUUCUGACACAGAUUUGAGUUUGACACCCAAAACUGCACCUUACCCACAGGGGCCUAGGAUUUUCCUGUGUCCCAGCUCCCCCUCUCUCUCUUCUGGUUCCCCUCAUCUUAAAAAGUCCUGUCUCUUCUCGGAAUCUAGCCUUAUCCCUCAUCACUCUAGCCAUGUCAGCCCAGUUCUGAGGAAAAGUGUUUCUUUCAGUGAAGAGCUGCUCCUGGCUGCCUCUGGAAUGGGCAGUGGGAGUGCUGGAAAAGAAGGGGGGCCAUUUAAAGCUCUUUUAAGACAGCAGACUCAAUCAGCGCUGGAACAGAGGGAAUUUCCAUUUUUCACCUUGACGGCAUUUCCUCCUGGAUUUCUUGUGCAUGUUGGAGGUGUUGUUAGUGCACGUUCUGUAAAGCUUUUGGAUCGCAUCCACAAUCCUGAUGAACCAGAAACUCGAGAUGCUUGGUGGGCAGAAAUCAGACAAGAAAUAAAAUCUCAUGCAAAAGCAUUAGGCUGUCAUGCUGUAGUGGGCUACAGUGAAUCAACUAGUAUUUGUGAAGAGGUCUGUAUUUUAUCUGCAUCUGGCACAGCAGCUGUACUGAACCCUAGAUUUCUUCAGGAUGGCACGGUGGAAGGCUGUUUGGAACAAAGACUAGAAGAAAAUUUACCCACUGGUUGUGGUUUUUGCCACAUACCUUAUGAUGAACUGAAUAUGCCAUUCCCAGCUCACCUCACUUAUUGCUACAGCUGCAGAAAACAAAAAGUUCCUGAUGUUCUUUUUACAACAAUAGAUCUUCCUGCUGAUGCAACAGUUAUAGGAAAAGGUUGUCUUAUUCAAGCCAGGUUAUGUCGCUUAAAAAAGAAAGCUCAAGCAGAAGCAAAUGCUACUGCUAUCAGCAAUUUGUUGCCCUUUAUGGAAUAUGAAGUGCAUACUCAGCUAAUGAAUAAACUAAAACUCAAAGGAAUGAAUGCUUUAUUUGGACUAAGAAUUCAGAUUACAGUGGGUGAAAAUAUGUUGAUGGGCUUAGCAUCUGCAACGGGUGUAUAUUUAACAGCUUUACCAACCCCUGGUGGUAUCCAGAUUGCUGGGAAGACUCCAAAUGAUGGCUCAUAUGAACAACAUAUAUCUCAUAUGCAAAAAAAGAUAAAUGAUACAAUAGCUAAAAACAAAGAACUGUAUGAAAUCAAUCCUCCUGAAAUACCUGAAGAGAUAAUAGGAUCUCCUAUUCCAGAGCCUCGGCAGCGUUCAAGACUAUUACGAUCUCAGUCUGAAAGUUCUGAUGAAGUUAUAGAGCUAGAUCUCUCACAUGGGAAAAAAGAUGCCUUUGUACUAGAGAUUGAUGACACAGAUGCCAUGGAAGAUGUGCAUUCUUUACUUACAGAUGUUCCUCCACCUUCAGGUUUUUAUAGCUGCAAUACAGAAAUCAUGCCUGGCAUCAAUAACUGGACAUCUGAAAUACAGAUGUUCACUUCAGUAAGAGUAUCCAGAUUGAGCAACAUUAACUUGACAAAUCAGACACUCAACAAGAGCUUUAAUGAUCUCUGUGAAAAUUUGCUCAAGAGCCUGUAUUUUAAACUCCGUUCUAUGAUACCCUGCUGCCUUUGCCAUGUCAAUUUUACAGUAUCUCUUCCUGAAGAUGAAUUAAUACAGGUCACGGUCACAGCAGUUGCAAUAACAUUUGACAAACAUCAGGCUGUUCAAACUUCAAAAACUCAUGUGGAAAAGUCAUCGCAAAGAGCCUCUAUUGACAAUGAAGAACUUCUACAAUUUCCAUUGGAACUUUGCACAGAUACGCUUGCUUCUCACCCCUUUUCAUCAGCUAAAGAACACCUGGAGAGUACAAGUUCUAACUCAGGUAUACCAGCUGCACAGAGAGCGACAUCAAUUGAUUACAGUUCCUUUGCAGACAGAUGCAACAGCUGGAUAGAGCUCAUUAAACUGAAAGCUCAGACCAUAAGACGUGGAUCAAUUAAGACAACCAUGCCAGUUGAGAAAGCAAGCCCAUUGACCGAAGGGCAUUUCCGACAACGCUCUGCUCCUGCUUGUGCAAAUUCCACAGUUGGUGUUGUUAAGAUGACACCCCUUUCCUUCAUUCCUGGGGCAAAAAUAACAAAAUAUCUUGGUAUAAUUAAUAUGUUUUUUAUACGGGAAACCACUUCUCUACGUGAGGAAGGAGGAGUCAGUGGUUUUCUCCAUGCUUUUAUUGCUGAAGUGUUCGCAAUGGUGAGAGCUCAUGUGGCCGCUUUAGGAGGGAAUGCAGUUGUCUCCUACAUAAUGAAGCAGUGUGUGUUUAUGGAAAAUCCAAACAAAAAUCAGGCACAAUGUCUAAUAAACGUAAGUGGUGAUGCAGUGAUUUUUGUACGUGAAUCUGAAUUAGAAAUUAUAUCAACUCAACCACCCAUUGCCAGCUGCCAGCCUGCAUGUAGUGGAGGAGAAAUUGCUACCUGAAAAAAGACCCAUAGAAUUGGUGCUUAUUGUAAGGUAUCUGCCUACUUAUUCAGAGUCAAUCCUUCUAGGAUUUUAAAAAGUAGAGCUUAACAUGAGACAAUCAAGAAAGUGGGGACAGAGAAGAAACCUCUGAUCUUUUAAUUUUGCCUGCACAGUCUAGACAAUAAGAGUAUUGACUUUAGAAUUUGUGAAGAAAAAUGGCACAGAACUGUUGAAAAAAAGAUGCAUCUUACUUGUGAAAUUACUUAUUUUGUAAUAAAUUUAGAGCUCCAAAUCCUAUUUUUGAACAAAGUUUCUUUAUUUGGAAGAAAUCAUUAAAAAAACAAAACAACUAAACCAUGGAACAUAAUCAAGAAACUAGAACAGUUCCCUUGGUAUAAUUUUGAAAUAAGCAGUAAAUUCACAAAUGUAUUUAUGAAGUAAUGCUAAAUAACUUAAUUUGUGGAAUGUGUGAGGAAAAACUUUAGCUAGUGGAAACUAAGAAAAAUAAAGCUAUAUGGUUUUGAGUUUCUUCAUAUGUUUUAUUUUGUUCAACAUCUUGAUGACUGCUACAUGAGAAAUAAGAAGGGUACUUAUAGCAGUUUUUUCUUUCAUCUAAAAGUCUUGUAAUUUGCAGUUAUAUGGCUAUAAUGAUCACUUAAAGAGAUAAUUUAUCAGCACCAAGUCAUUUCAGUAUAAGUUUCUAUAAUGCUUUUUUGUCAGUAAGACAAGAAAACCAUUAUAUAGUUUAAUAUCUGAUUGUACCAAGCUAUUUCUUAACUCUACAAAUGCUAACUUUGGAAAUUCAAGUAUAAAAUAGACCUUUAUUGCAGGUUUAAUCUAAUUUCAUCUAAAUUUAGACUUCCUUGAUUCAAUGAGAUAAAGAAAUCAAUUUCUAAGAAAACUCUAGCCUUUUACGGAAUAAUAAAUGGUGCUUUAGAAUAUAAUAUGGGUUCUUCAGAGUGAGUUUAGAUAGCAUUUGACCUGGAAAUUGUAAGUGUAACUUGAAUGUAAAUGUUGCAUUGAAUUUUCACAUAGGAAUAAUAUUUUUCCAUCAAUGCCAAAUAUCCAUUGUAAGUGAAUUUUUUUUUCAAAAAUCACAUUCCUUUUUUGCACAAUAAAAUUUCUGUACAAAA